CCCACUAUAUAUACAAGUUCUAAGUUCUUAGGUCUCAUAAACCAAACUUUAUAUUCCUUAAUAAAUACCCUUAAUUGUUUGAAGAUGAUGUAUACAUCAUCUAUGAAGUCAUUGAAAAUGGUAAUGGUUAAAUUGAUGACAUUUUUUAUGCUAAUAGAGGUGAUUACAUGCCAAUUCGGGUUCGGAUUCGGGGGAGGGUUAAACAUGAACUACUAUUUGAUGAGUUGCCCUUUUGUUGAACCAGUUGUUAAGAACAUAGUGAAUAGAGCUUUGGACAAUGAUCCCACCCUUGCAGCUGCUCUUAUAAGAAUGCACUUCCAUGACUGCUUCAUACAGGGAUGUGAUGGGUCAAUUCUGCUUGAUUCCACUAAGGAUAAUACAGCAGAAAAGGAUUCACCAGCAAAUUUGAGCCUAAGAGGAUAUGAAGUCAUUGAUGAUAUCAAAGACGAGCUUGAAAACCGAUGCCCUGGCGUGGUUUCAUGUGCUGAUAUUCUUGCUAUGGCUGCCACCGAAGCAGUUUUCUACGCUGGAGGUCCGGUCUAUAACAUACCUAAAGGUAGAAAGGAUGGAAGAAGAUCAAAAAUAGAGGACACUAGAAAUUUGCCAUCCCCGUCUUUUAAUGCAUCCGAGCUCAUCACGCAGUUUGGUCAACAUGGUUUUUCUGCACAAGAGAUGGUCGCUCUCUCCGGGGCACAUACACUAGGAGUGGCAAGGUGUUCUUCAUUCAAGAACAGAUUGAGCCAAGUGGAUCCAGCUUUGGAUACAGAAUUUGCCAGGACACUAUCAAGAACAUGUACUUCUGGUGACAAUGCAGAACAACCAUUCGAUGCAACAAGGAACGAUUUUGACAAUGUUUACUUCAACGCUUUGUUGAGGAAAAAUGGUGUUUUGUUUUCAGAUCAAACACUCUACUCUAGCCCUAGAACAAGGAACAUUGUGAAUGCUUAUGCAAUGAACCAAGCCAUGUUCUUCCUAGAUUUUCAACAAGCUAUGGUGAAGAUGGGUUUGCUUGAUAUUAAACAAGGUUCCAAUGGUGAAGUGAGAUCAAAUUGCCGCAAAAUAAACUAAUCAUUUUGUUAUGGUUUUGUAAUUUUGAAAACUCAAACUCUUCAAGCUUGUUAUUAGUUAGCUAAAAAUAAUAUUAUAAGCAUGUGAUAUAUAUAAUGUAAACUAAACGUGUGUGUGUGUGUAUUGUUUGCUCUAAAUUGUUUAUGUUGGGUGGGAAGUAUUUUCUGUAAUAUUAUAGUGGUAAUAUUUCUUAUCAAUAUAUAUUAUAAGCAUCACAUAUUGGCUGUGUUU